UAAGUCUAAAAUAUGAAAAAAAGUUAGCGGAUACUUUCGUGCAACUCCGUGUGUAUGUGAAUUGUGAGCCUGUGCCCGAGGAAUCUGCUUUCUAGACUUUCCAAGAGUUCAUUCACUUCCUUUGUUUGCGGACCUGCCAGUGCGCUAGGCCUAGAAGAGUGUCAUUGAAUUUCAUUGAGUGCUGGACCAAAUCACCAGAAGAAUUACAUCCUGCGUGAUUGGUGAUUUUUUAAACGCUCUAAGACUGAAGACAGAAUCCAAGUCAGAAGUCUCUUGUUCGCCCCUUCUAUGAUGAUCUCUUGCCAAUCAAGAUGGUUUGGGAUGGUGGCUGACAACACUCAUCUGCUUCUUGCAAAAAUUUAGACUGGGAGAAUGCCUUGAAGACAGCGAAUGUUCAUCUCUGAAGAGGAAGUGAUUAAUCAGAAUUCAGUGUUUCUCAUAUUAAUUGAAGUGAUAGAUUGAACUAAAAUGCAGUGCAUAUGAGUUACAAUGCUGGUCAAAUGCCAGAAUUCGCGUGUGGAAGUGAAGAUGACAGGUGCUGUGGUGGCCGCCCUUCUGGGGCUGGCAACGCUGAGUUUCACCUCAGCUAUGAGUGCAGGUGCCAUGGUAUCGGUGCUGGACUUAAGUGAGCAGGAGCAAGACAUAGCGGCUGUGUUCAACAAAGUGGCCUAUGGAGGAACAACCACCACCAAGCGCAGUGUUAAUCCAAACAACGCCCCUCCACUUCCUGCUGCUGCUGCUGUUCCAACAGCAGUUUCACCUUUGACAACUGUGUCGAUACCAUCAACAACGACAGAAUCAAACCUGUCACCAGCACCUACAAGCCCUAGUAAUCAAGAUCUGCCUCCGUAUGCUCCUCCGAGCAGGGUCUUCAUAACGCCACCUCUUCCUCCGGAAUACGUGGACCAGUUUGCGGAUAAGCCUACUUUGAGAGGUAGCAAUUCCGAUGGGCCUAGUACAGUAGCAAGAAGACCUCUUCCGCCACCACCACCUCCCUACCGUGCUCCCCCUGAAGAGGAGCGCAUUCCCAUCCGCCCUCCAGACCUCGCAGUCACUCACUCUAAGAAGAAAGCUUUGAAUACUCCUAGCUUUAACAGAGUUGCCCAAGUGGCUUAUGCGGAAUUAGCUACCUCAACGGAAAGCACAAGCCCUCGUUCUAACAAUGAGACUGAUUUUGAUUUUGUACCAAUUAUUCAUUACUCAAGUGUGUCCCGCAUUCUUUCUGGCAGCAGUGGGAGAAGGCAUGACUUCCCAGAUAUUGGAAGCCCUAGCAGUCCUAUCCGUCCAAACCGCCCAAGACAAGAAGAAGUAAACAAAGCUCCCAGAACUGUUCAGGAAUCGUCUCAGCCAUUUUUGAAGUUGGAUGCAGUUCGCCAAGAGACUACAGAGUCUUCCAGCCGGGAACCCACUCAGACUUCUUUCAGACCUGAAGUUAAGACAACAACUAUAACUCCGUCCACAGAAAGAGCUACUACUAUCAGGACUACCUCAACAACAAGCACUACAACAAUACCCCCUCCUGUUGAGGAAACAAGCAAGAGGGCCCACAGCCGUGUUACAGAACCAUCAGAGGAGCACACACCUGCUGCCCCUCCUCAUCCACCUCAACAGACCCACAUUCAAGAGCAUUCAGAAAGUGUUGUACAUCACUCCUUUCUGGACACUACUCAGCACAUGAGGCCCAAUGCAAGGCAAGUUCUUGGAGCUGCGUGGGAUGUCCAUGUCUACAUGAUUGCUGUAGCCUUUGCUAUAUUGACAGUCUAUUGUCUCUUCGCACUUCUCCGACUCAAUGUUGGGAAGAGGCUUCUUCCCAAGGGCUACUUCCUCUCUCUCCAUGGUCUUCUUGCUACGAUAGGCAUACUUCGAUGUGGAUUUCUGUCUUACGAUGCCUAUAACUCUGGCCAUUCUUUUCCAGAGCCUAUUUCACACUUGCUUCUUAACAUUGUCUUCCCUCUUCUUGCUACGGCCUUUGCCCUCGUCUUUCUUUUCUUGAUGCGUGCCUGUGAGGUGCAUAUAGGAACAGGCCGCUUCCAAAGCCCUGGCAUGUUGACUGCAGCUGUGGCUUUGUACUUAGUGCUGUGUGUCACUUUAGAUCUUUCCACUGGCCUCGCGCCCAACUCAACUCUUCUGACAGUGGCUUGCCAGUGCCUUUUCAUUGUUGUUUGCCUUGGGUUAGGCCUGAGCUACAUGUAUGUCUACAAGUUGCUCUCCUCUGCUGCUGCUCGUAAACCGGGGUUGGCACCACUUCUUCAGAGGACUUCCCUGGCACACGCAGUGCGCUCCAUGCUUGCCACAGCCUUGCUGGCAGUCUUGAUGGCUGCUGUACAACUGUAUGGCAUGUUGGGUGUGUAUGAAGCCCCUGGGGAUGAUCAGCCUCAUCCAUGGUUGUGGUGGGGCUUCCAGUUCUCUGUGAGGGUCAUCGAGAUUGCAAUGUGUGCCCUGCUUUGUUGGGCUGGAACUCAACCGCCAAGCCACUGCAAUCCACAUGAAGAUGAUAAGGAGACACAAAGCCAGAAUUCGUCUUCAACUGCCUUUGCUCUCUUCUCAUGUGGGGGAGAUGCUGCUCAUGCAAACCGAAAUGACCCAGUGGAUGACAUUUAUCCAGCAGUUUGCGCCAAUCAGGGUGGAUAUCACUAUUCCAUAAGGUCAGCUGGAAAGAUCUAUGAUAAUGCAUAUCCCCUCAACAACAUCCAGCCCAUAUCUCCUCAAGAGGCUGCUCUAGGGUAUGGGCCAGAAAGACAUUCUCUCAAGAAGUACCCUCCUAGAGGGGGCUUGCCUAAUGAUAGCCCUAGUGUUAUGAUAAAAUCAGCAAAUGAUGCUUUAUUAUCAUAUCCCUCAGUUCGAAGAGGACCGCCACCUCCUAUGCAUAGAGCUCAGCCAUCACCAUCUAUGCUAGUAGCAGAGGAUGGGUUUGUCCGAUUUAGAUCUCUAGCAGAUUCAGAACAUGCAGGUCCACCAGAAAUGGUACAUCGAGCAAGCUUGUCCAGAAAAGCUCCACCUGUUCAUCCUUCGCAGCAGGAUUAUGCAUCAUAGCACAGGAGCUCGGAUAACCCAUUAAGUUAAAGCUGACUGGUGAUAUAUUUGCAUUAUUUUUUUUCUUUGAGAGGUUCUGGAUGUUCUGCCAUUUAUUAUUUUGGAACCUUGUUGCCAGUAUUGUUUUUGUAAACUUUGUCAUGUCAUUGGGCUCUCUUUGUUGAUCAUUGUGAUAAUUCAUGUACUGAAUUCACAGGAUUGCUUUAACUUAAAGUUACUCUUGGCUAACAUGUUCUGUUUAAUGUUCACUACAGUCUCAAUGCCAUUUUUUAAUUGAUUCAAACAUACUUUGAUUUUCUUUUUGAAGCCGUCCUUAAUUCAGUUUUAGAGUCAUCACAAGGCUUUCCAUGACGUACAUUCCUAACUGGCGCAUGCAUUGUACAUUUUUUUAAUGUUAAUAGAUAAAAUCAUGUUCCUUUUAUACAUAAAUAUAAAUAUAUGCAUAUAUAUUGACAAACAGAUCAUUAUUAUUUAUAUACAUUUUUAUAAAUAUAUACAUAUAUUUUUGGUAAAAGAAUGUUCUCACUUUUUUGAGUGAUACUUGUCAGAUCAAUUGAAUAAACUUGUUGUGAUGUUUUAGGACUCUUUAAAUCAAAUUUGUAACUGAGUGAAUCUCUCACUUUGUAUCUCUUGUGUUCACAUGACUUCUGGCAGCAUGCCUAACAUCAGACUGAUAAAACAGGGUGCUAUUAUCUGCCUGAAACUUUUCUUUUCAAAACAAAUGUGUUUUUGAUGACAAUCUUUUACUUCUCUUUCAGAAAGUGGUAUAAUAUUCUGUGCGGGACAUUUUCUAUUGAAUGUGGUAUAAUUUAUCACAAAUUUAUAUUUGUAUUCCCAAGCUUUUGGGGAAGUUUUGUUUGACAUUUUUCUCUUAAAGACAGUUUUUCUUAACCUGCAGCAAUGAUUUUGUUGUUGUUUUCUUUUUAAUUUUUUGAGAAGGGCCAUGUUUUGGGACCAAUAAGACUUUAAAAUGUUAUGCUAGCAUAGAAAUCGUUCACUGACAUCAUUACAUUAAUUCCAUGACAGUACUGAUUGAUAAAUGUGACGAAAGGCUCACUCAUCUGUUGCACUAGUGUCUGUGAAUGCUUUAAUUUGCAUAUCGUAUAACUCAAAUUUUUUUCUGGUGUUCAAGUAGAUCUUGAUCAAAUCUGUGAAAAUGUGUAAGGGAGUAUAGGCGGAUCAAAUUUGUGUAAAUGUGUUGUACAUACUUAAAUGAUAAUGAAAAGUUGUUUCUUGUUUCCUGUUUUGGGUUGCAAGUGUAUUAUUUUGUACAGUAUUAUGUUGUAGCGCCUCCUGCAUUUUCUUUGUUUUAGUAACAACUUAUCUCAUCAUUUGUAUACAUGCAGGGUUGUACCUAUGUCUAAUGUUUAAGUUUAAUGUUAAGUGGGAGUGCUGAAGUCAUAGAACUGCCAACAAAUUCCUUUUCCUUCCCCUUGGAUCCUGAAAUCUUUCCUUCUACAUCCAGUUUUAUUUUUUUUUUUUUUCUUUCU